AUGGCAGGCAAGCCUGCCUUCCAUGCUCCCUCCACCAUUGUCCUCCUCAGGGAGCUAAGAGAGCUGCUUGGUCCCGGUCCGGCCUCCCGCUACGCGCCCCCGCGGAAGCCAGAGACAGGGAGAACAAGGAUGAAACACGGCGACCACCGCCCAUGGACCCGCGGGCCGUCAGGACCUGCCGCCGACUCACCCUCUGAGCCUACGCCGCCGCCGCCGGAGUCCCGGAAGUGGACAGCGAACGCGUCCUUCCGCUUCCGGCAACGGCGCCGGAAGCAUGGGUCCGGCCCUCCGGGCGGCGUGGGUACCCGUCUCUUGGCCGAGCGACUUCAGCUCGGGUACCUGUCCCGUGGCCGCUCCCCAGCAGGACAUGGUAACUGCCGGGGUGGGGGGUCUUCUUGCCUGUCCCAGGCCCCCCAACUCAGGCCCUCUCGCUGCCUCUGGCGACCCCCGCGUGCGCCCUUCCCCAGGGCCGGCGCAGUCUUGGAAGCCUCCGCCCAGCGUGGCUGCCUGCGUUUUCUCUCUGUUCGGUUCCCGAUCUCGGGAGAGAAGACAGCCCCAGAGCCGCUGUGGCUCCGUCCUCUGCUGACGCCUCAUGUCUUUAUGUUGGUCGUGGCGUCCGCACUGCAGUGUGGCAGGGGCAUCCCUCCUUUGCCGCGGACUGAGGUGGGCGCCGAGCAUUCAGUAAACGAGGAAACGAAAGCGGGGAAGGUUGGGAAUCAAGCGUCUGUCAUGCCUGCCACCAGCAGACGAGCGGCUUUGGGUACUCCCUGGACCCAAACACGAACUCAGCUCCUCCAGGAGCGCAGUCAUCCGCACCCACGUGGGAGCAAUGCUGGGAUGGGUGGCCACGGGAUGUUUCUGGGGCCCCUCAGAGGCCCAGCGGCGCGGGUCUUGGAGAAUGAAUGUAUGUCACUGGGCCGCUGCUGCAGAGGGCCGGUCCUGAGUCGCUGCUUGGAAGUCGCUGCAUGGCCAGCACUUGUCUUCUCCAGGAGGAAAAAGCACGUGCUAAACUACCAGCAUUCAGGGUUUGUCUGUUUGAGAAAGGAUGCACCAACUAACCAGAAAGUCUUUCCUAGGUUGCAGCUACUAUGUUUUCCCCCUGGCCCCUCCUGAAAAUCGGCCACACAAAAGGAAGGGUCUGGAAGGUGGCAGAGAAGCCAGCAGAGACAAGGAAAGUGGCAGCAGCAUGGGUCGGGGUCACACAGAAAGGAGAUGGAGCUGUGGGAGCCCCCGCUGCCACUCCGACAAGGAGCCCUGCCCCGUGCCCUGCUGAUGCUAACACCCCGGCUCUGUUAUUUCAGUUUUUCCUUGUAAUUUCUGAAAAUCUAGCAACAAGUUGAGCAGUGAAAAAAAUUUUUUUAAAAAGUUAAAAUUACGUUAGAAAUUAUGACUGUAAUUUUGAAACUAAUGAAGGAAAAAAAAAAAUGGCCAAAAUUACCAAAGCUUUUAGGACUCUUCAAAAUGUAGUAUCAUUGAGUAUUAUGAACUAAAGACUCAUACUAUUAUAUCAAUGUCUGGUAGUGAAUUUGGAUGAAGGACUGUUUAGUAACUUCUUAACA